CACACACAAUGAAAUAGAUAUACUAGAUAACAUGAUUAAGUGAGGCAUUAAUUUUUGCUCUGUAUUUUCUUCCCAGUUUAACAUCAAUUUAUAAUAAUAGUAAUCUUCUAUAUCGAUUACAUUAUAUAUCCGUGUAAAAUACAAUUUAAUUCUAUUAUAAAUAGAAAUGGCUCGAGCUGGCUUAUACGGUCGCGAAUUAGCUUUAACAAUGCUGAGAGCAUUGCCAAGAGUUUGUUUGGCUAAUCUUAAACCAAAUGCCAAAAAAAAACCCAAAAGAGGACGAGGACAACAUGGAGGUGAUAAACAUGGAGCAGGUAAUAAGGGUUCGGGUCAAAGACAAAACUAUAUGAGAGUUGGAUAUGAAACUGGAAAUAUCCCUUUUUAUUUACGAUUUGGUCAUGAAUCGUAUUAUAAAGGACAUCAUUUAAGACGCCAGUAUCCACCUAUGUCAUUACAACAACUUCAACUAAUGAUUGAUACAAAUAGAAUUGAUAAUAAUAAGCCUAUAGAUUUAACAGCCAUAGCUAAUACAGGUAUAAUUUCGAUUAAGCCAGAUUGGAAACAUUAUGGAGUUCAGCUCACUGAUGAAGGAGCUGAUUUAUUUACAUCCAAAGUAAAUAUUGAAGUUCAAUGGGCUUCGGAACCAGUCAUAGCAGCAAUUGAAAGAAACGGAGGAGUAAUAACUACAGCAUUUUAUGACUUACACAGUGUAUAUGCUGCCAUUAAUCCAGUAAAAUUUUUUAAAAAAGGAGAACCAAUACCGCGUCGUAUGCUUCCUCCAUUAGAUUGUUUAGAAUAUUACUGCGAUGCAGUUUCGCGAGGAUAUUUAGCAGAUCCAGAAAAAAUAUCUUACGAGAGGCUUGUUUUAGCACAAAAGUAUGGUUAUGAGUUACCAAAAAUUGAAGACGACGUAGAUUAUAAUAUGCUAAUGGAACGCAAAGAUCCUCGUCAAAUAUUUUAUGGUCUUGAUCCAGGCUGGGUUAUCAGUCUUACAGAUAAAUUAAUAUUAAAACCAAAGGCAAAAUAUUUAACAGAAUUUUAUAACAAUUGAAACUUGA